AUGAAAGAUAAACUAUAUUUUCUCGGUAGUGCAUUAUCUACAACACAGAGCAGUGUUCACUCACAUAAGACGAAGGUCGUAGUCAUUAUACAGUGAGGCCUCAGCUAUCGAACAGGCAUGGCGUUUCAACUCUUCGUCCUUGCGUUCGUCCUAGCAGCUGUUGUAGCAGGAGAUGAGAGCGAUGGGCCACAAGUUCUGGAUACAUUUACAAUCGAUUUGCCAAAGCCACCAUCUUACCCAGAUACUCCUGAGAAAAAAACCACUUAUUUCGCUGGUAUAAGUUCCACGGUGUGGAUACUGCUUACGAUAAAAUUGAUCUUCAUCGUCAUCGCUCUGGCAUCCUUGUUCAUCUGGUGCAGGCAGAGAAACAAGAAUAAGAAGUACACCGUUCACGUUUAGAGCAGAAAGAUGGGUGGAAGAAAAACGAGGGGCUGUGAACCAACGACAUCGGGAGUAUUCAUACAUCUGUGUUAUCAUGCUAACGUGUUAAAUGCUUAAUGUGUUAUCAUAUUAAGCAGUCAACACAAAUUUUAAAUAAAUGAUGAAUGACUCUGCUUAAGUGUUAUUAGUUGUAGUAAGGUAUUUAGGUUGUAUUGUAAACAAAUAUUGUAAGUUCUCCAGCUUGAUUGAUCAAAAAAAAAAAUUAAUUUAUUUUCAAAAUGCCUAAGCAAAAUAAAAAGGUAAAGUU